AUGGAACGUGUCAAGCAGAUAGCUUCUCACCUCGGAAACGCUCCAAAAAAACUCCGUAUUCUUCAGCAGAAAAAUCUCGACGAUGUAGUCAUUACGUUGGCGAUUCGGUCUCCUCUAUGCAAAGCCAGGAAGGGGGGUUUUAAGGAUGCGAGGACAGAUGAGUUAAUGCUCGAGAUAUAUAGACAAGUCAUCGCGCAUUCCCAUAUUGACCCGAGCAUUGUGGGCGACAUCUGUGUUGGAACAGUUCUUACCCCCGACGCGCCGUAUGUUGCACGAUCUGCUGCACUUGCUGCAGGGUUUCCUGUUACAGUCCCCGUACAGACCAUGAACAGAUUUUGCUCGAGUGGUCUCAUGGCUGUGACCACCAUUGCAAAUCAGAUUCAGUGUGGUCAAAUCGAGGUGGGCUUGGCAGUAGGUGUGGAAAGCAUGUCUGAAAAUCCUGAUAAUGGUGGCCCGAAGCAGAGUGACUUGGUUUCUGCAAAUUCAGCUGCAAAAGAUUGUUGCGAACGUAUGGGCUGGACCAGCGAGAAUGUUGCUGCGGAUUACCAUAUCUCGCGGGAGGAACAAGAUGAAUUUGCUGCUCAGUCAUUCCAGAAGGCUGAGAAAGCACAAAAGCUUGGUUACUUUGCAGAAGAGAUUGUGCCGUUCACUGUAUUUCAGAAAGAUUCAACCGGUAACAGGGUAUUGGUUGAGGUUACCGAGGAUGAUGGAAUACGUCCUGGGACGACCAAGGAAAAUUUGGCAAAGAUUCGUCCCGCGUUUCCUCAAUGGGGGAUGGGGACAACCACUGGAGGCAAUGCGAGUCAAGUCACGGAUGGAGCCGCAGCCGUUCUUUUAAUGACAAGGAGGAAGGCAAACGAGCUUGGUCUCAAAAUCCUGGCAAAGUAUAUAACGACUGCUGUCGCUGGUGUACCCCCCCGUGUUAUGGGCGUCGGACCGGUAUAUGCUAUUCCUCUUGCUCUCAAGAACAGUGGUCUUGAAUCAAGCGAUGUAGACCUUUUUGAGAUCAACGAAGCAUUUGCAUCACAAUGCGUUUAUGUUGUAAAAGAACUUGGGUUACCAAGAAAAGGAGCACGCCAAAUUGUGACAGGGCUCAAUGAAUUGAACCGACGUCAAGGAAAGGUCCUUGUGACUUCGAUGUGUAUUGGGACGGGAAUGGGAGCUGCUGGGGUGUUCAUCCGAGAGUAA